CACAACAGGAGCCUCCUUAGGAAUAACUAGGCCACCCUCUCCCUAUAAAUGCCGACGGAGAUUGGUCAUUCCUAUUCUGCAGUGUGCUCUGUGUCAGUGUAGAGGAGGAAAAAAUCCCUAAUUUGCAAAAAUGCCACAUCUCAUCGGAUUAAUCCAAGACAUUAUUGCGGUUUUUGAAAAAUAUGCCAAGCAGGACUGCAGCCACUCCAAACUGAACAAACAGGAGCUCAACCUCCUGAUUCAGGAUGAGUUCACAGAUGUCAUAAAGAACCCCAAAGAUCCCAAAACCAUCUCUUCUCUGCUUAAAGUUCUUGACGAGAACAAUGACGGAGAAGUGGACUUCAAUGAAUUCUGUGACCUCUUCGGUAGAGUAGUGAAAUCUUAUUACAAGGUUGUGCAAGGAUCAGAUGCUGCAUGCCAACAAGAUUCAACCGUUAAACAAGGUGAGAAGACAACGCAGGAUUCAGCGAAGGCAAGUGAUGCCCCCCCUAAAUAUUACCAGAGUCCUCUCUACCCCAAGCCUUUUUAUGGCUCUCAAGAUAAGUCUUCAAACCAAGGCCAAAGUGGAAGCAGUGUGGAUCAACGUGGUGGUCAAAAAUUGGGAGAUGCCACCUCUACAUCAGGUACCCCCCAAUCAUGCGGAGAUAAAGAUGUGCCUACAGAGGAUAGCGCAACUCAGACUGACAAGCGCAGGGCGCCAGAUAGUCAACAGGGAAAAGAUCAAACAUCCCAAGUAGGUGCCACCUCCUCCUCCGGUUCCCAGCAGAGCCAACAAGGAACAGAUAAAACAGGUACCACCACCUCAUCCUCCAGUACUCAGCAGAGCCAACAGGGAAAAGAUCAAACAUCCCAAGUAGGUAGCACCUCCUCCUCCGGUUCCCAGCAGAGCCAACAAGUACAAUAUAAAACAGGUGCCACCACCUCAUCCUCCAGUACUCAGCAGAGCCAACAGGGAAAAGAUCAAACAGGUACCACCACCUCAUCCUCCAGUACUCAGCAGAGCCAACAGGGAAAAGAUCAAACAUCCCAAGUAGGUACCACCUCCUCCUCCGGUUCCCAGCAGAGCCAACAAGGAACAUAUAAAACAGGUGCCACCACCUCAUCCUCCAGUACUCAGCAGAGCCAGCAGGGAAAAGAUCAAACAGGUACCGCCACAUCCACCAGUGUCAAUCAGGGCCAACAAGGAACUGAUAAAACAUCUCAAGUAGGUACCACCUGCUCCAGUUCCCAGCAAAGCCCACAGGGAACAUACCAAACAGGUACCACCUCCUCCACCACCAGUACCCAGCAGAGCCAACAAGGAAAAGAUCAAACAUCUCAAGUAGGUACCACCUCCUCUGGUUCCCAGCAGAGCCAACAGGGAAAAUAUCAAACAGGUACCACCUCCACCACCACCAGUACCCAGCAGAGCCAACAAGGAAAAGAUCAAACAUCUCAAGUAGGUACCACCUCCUCUGGUUCCCAGCAGAGCCAACAGGGAAAAUAUCAAGCAGGUACCACCUCCACCACCACCACCACCACCAGUACCCAGCAGAGCCAACAAGGAAAAGAUCAAACAUCUCAAGUAGGUACCACCUCCUCCAGUUCCCAGCAGAGUCAACAGGGAACAUAUCAAACAGGUACCACUACAUCCUCCGGUUCCCAGCAAAGCCCACAGGGAACAUACCAAACAGGUACCACCUCCUCUACCACCAGUACCCAGCAGAGCCAACAAGGAAAAGAUCAAACAUCUCAAGUAGGUACCACCUCCUCUGGUUCCCAGCAGAGCCAACAGGGAACAUAUCAAGCAGGUACCACCACAUCUUGCAGUACCCAGAAGAGUCAGCAAGGAACAGAUAAAACAUCUCAAGUAGGUACCACCUCCUCUGGUUCCCAGCAGAGCCAGCAGGGAACAUUACGAGCAGGUACCACCACAUCUUCCAGUAUCCAGAAGAGCCAACAAGGAACAGAUAAAACAUCUCAAGUAGGUACCACCUCCUCCGGUUCCCAGCCAAGCCAACAGGGAACAUGUCAAAUAUCUCAAGCAGGUGGCACCACGACUUCCACUGGUUCCCAGUCUCGGUAUUACCAACAAGAUAAAAAUCUGAUUACUCAGUCUGACUCCUCUAAUACUUCCCAGUCCCAAAACCAACAAGACACCUCCACCACCACUGCUCAGUCUAAACAGGAUCAAGACAAAACAGCUAAAGUAAGUAUCACCUAUCAGUCCCAAAACCAAACAUCCAAAGCAGACCAGACAUCUGCACAAGAUAGCGCUGGACUAGCCCGACAGGAACCCCAGAAGUUCUACCAAAAAGCCGUAUACAUACCUCCCCCAACUCUGGGCCAAGGAGCUCAGCCCCCACAACAGCCACCUUCUUACUCCGAAGUCCAACAAGACUCAGCCAUUAGCCAACAACAACCACCACAGGAGUACCAAAAAAACCAACAAGCCCCACAGGAGUACCAACAAACCCAACAAGCCCCACAGGAGUACCAACAAACCCAACAACCCCCACAACAGUACCAACAAACCCAACAAACCCAACAACCCCAGUUUUAUCAGUCCCACAAGAAAAACAUGUAAGACGAAGUUCCUCUCAACUGUCGAUACAUCAACUAUGCUCUCUUGCCUAAAAUCAAUAUUCUCUACAAGGGUGUCCAUCGAGAGGAGGUCGCAUCAAGAAGGGUGAAUGAUAGAAAAUGUAGAUGCAGGUAAAUCCGGGACCUACAGGAAAACGUUCUCUUCGACUUGCUUGACUUACCUUAAUUCUUACAUGAUUUCAUCGGAACAAUUAUAAUGGUCGACCAAACUCAUAAUAUUAAUUUUGUGUUGAUGAUUCCGAUACUUUUUCCUGGUUUGUGGUAGCUUACAGCCUACAGAAUCGUUGGGUUAAUAAUAAUUUGCAUCUGAAGUCUUCCUCCACCAUGAUGUGACCUGUUACUCUUAUAUGUGAGUCUCAAGUCCUUUCUUUGUUCUUUGCAAACUGAAUUGAUUUACUACAGUAUUGUAAUAAACAGU